AUGCCGGAAUGGCGCGACCUGUUUCGCGCGUGGAUACAGAUUGACGGAGUAGACGCUGAAGAGUAUGGCGUAGAGGUUGACGAGGCGGAGAGGGUUGUGUCCUCCUGGAUUGGGUCAGAGGUCGGAAAGACCUUCAGUGUAGAAUGGGACAUCCUCUCGGACAAUUGUGCAUCACCUUUUCGGGGGAAAGUACUUGUGGAUGGAAUCCCUUGUGCUGCACGGUCUUUUGACUAUGAAACUAAGUCUCGCGUAUUCCCUGUCCAUCGCAACUUCGUGGGUGUUCAACGGGAAGCGACCAUCGAGCCUUUCAUGUUCGGCACCCUCACUCUGAGCGAUGACGACGCUUUGCUUGCCACCGAACCGAAUCUCGCUGACUUGGGUGUCAUCGAGCUGAAAGUGACUCCUGUUCUCCUUGGAAAAAUAAUAGCCAGGAGGGAGGCACCGGUCGUCCUGCCGUCCCUGAACAUCCACGAACGGUCAAAAAAAGUCGUGACACAGCAAGUACGACUCGGUGCUCCCAAAAAAAUUGCCCCCCGUGGCGUCCAGAAAUGUACAAUCAUUGGCCCGGACCUCGUAACAUUCCGCUUCAAGUACCGCCCGAUGGAAAUCCUCCGCGCCAGUGGAAUUGCGCCGGCUCUCAAGCGUAAAACCUCUGCCCCUCCAUCCAGGUCCGAAUCUGCGCAUGCUGAACCAGAGCAAGCUGGCGAUGGCGACUCGGAUGUGGAUCAGCUUGAAGUCAAGCGUCUAGAAGAACAGCUUUUGGCUGCGAAAGCCCGUGUAGCAGCCAAGAAACUGGACAAGAAGCCGCGUAUCAAGCGCGAGUCUGGGAUCACUAGUAUAGAUUUGACGCAGCCAGCGGCCAAGAGGGUUGGUAUGAUAACUAGCCUGCCUGAUACAGAGCACGCGCGUUAUCUUAUCUCGCCAUUACGCUGUUUUUUUUCCUUUCUUCGACGUGCUGGACGACGGCCUAUGCUAGAGUGGCGCGGCCAGUUCCGCGCCUGGAUCAAGAUUGAAGGGGUUGACGCCGAGGAGUAUGGCGUGGAGGUCGACGAGGGAGAGAGGAUUGUGUCCUGCUGGAUUGGGUCUGAGGUCGAAAGGUCGUUCACAGUAGAAUGGGACAUCUUGCCCCACAAUACUUCACAGCUUUGCGGGACUGUGUAUAUGGACGGCGUUCGGUGUAGCGGGAAGUAUUAUUUUGGCGACAGGGUACCCGUCCACCAUACUUAUGUCGGCGUCGCGCGAGAAGAUACCAUUGAGCCGUUCGUAUUCGGCGCCCUUACUCUCAGCGAUGACGAUGAGUUACUUUCUGCUGGGCCAAAUGUGUCGGAGCUGGGUGUUAUCGAGCUGAAGGUUCUCCCUGUUCGGGUCCAGCGCAUGCUUUCAACACCGCAAGGUGGGGCAACUCUACCUGCGCUGAAGAUUCACGAGCGAUCCAAGAAAGCUGUGACGCAGCAAGUACAGCUUGGUGUUCCGCUGGCAGCAUCAAACCUGUUCAGCAGAAGCACGCCUAUCGGUCCAGAGCUCGUAACAUUCCGCUUCAAGUACCGGCCAACUGGUAUAAGAAAGUCUUGCGCGCCAACGGGAUUGCGCCGCCUCUGA